AUGCGUCAGAAAAUUGAUCUCACCGAUGAUGUAACCGCCCAUUAUCAACUUCAUGUAAUUCGUAUAAAAACAACGCACACCUGCCAACACAGUAGUCAAGCUGAAAAACAGUUUCAUCGACAGAACAGUUUGACAGAUUUACAUGAAGCUGUAGUGAACAAUUCAGAGGCUAAUGUUCGAAAGGCCAUCGUCGAUGGUAUUCCAAUUGACCUUAUUGAUCAUGCCAGUCAAACAGCUCUGUACUACGCUUGUGAACGAGGUUUUACUAACUUAGUGAAUAUUUUACUCCAGCAUGAUGCUCGCCAUGAUAUUGUCGAUUUGAGUCACACAUCGCCUCUCUGGGCUGCUGCUCAAAAAGGUCAUGCUGAGAUUGUUCUUGCUCUACUUCAACAUGGAGCCGAUCCCGAUCAACAGGCUAACGAUAACACAACGGCUCUGUAUCACGCAUCGUAUGAAGGGCAUCUCAUUUGUGUCUAUCAUCUCGUUCGAUUCAAAGCAUCGGUUCAUUUGGCUAAGAACAGUGGUGCAUCACCGCUCUUUGUCGCUGCUCGAAAUGGACAUUACCGUAUUGUUAAGCAUUUGCUUAAACACGGGGCUAAUCCAUUUCAAACGCAGGCUGAUGGACGAUCACCACUACAUACGGCUCUGCUCUAUAGCCGAACUCGAUGUGCUCAAUUACUCUUCGCAUGUGAUCGAUUACGUUGGAUUCCUCAGUUGGAUAUUUACGGCUGGACGCAUUUGCAUUUUCUGGCCAAGAAUGGUAAUAUUCGAAUGGCACGUCUUUUCUUUCAUCAUGUGAGUCGCGAGUUGAAAUCGAUCGAUUUCGAACAGAUCGAUUCAUUUGGUAAUACACCUUUGCAUAUCGCCCAGUUUUAUCGAAAAAUUCGCUUUGCUAAUUAUCUGAUCGAAAAAGGUUUCGAUAUUGAUCGACCGAAUUUUUUUCAAUGGACACCAAAAAUGAUCGAUGUAGCUAAUAGAAAGAACCAGACUAAGUUCGAUGAGUCUUCACCAAAAACCUAUCUGACCCAAUUGCUGGGCAUGCAUCGCAUUGAUUAUACUUCGGAAGAAGAUGAAAUGCGUCAAGAAGUAGAAACUUAUGUGCAAUUAUUAAUUGUCAAAAUGGAAAAAUUCGAUCCACUCUUUCGUCAUGAUUUGAUAUGUAGUGGUUCCUAUUACGAACGAACACGAAUCGGUGUACCGAAUGAAUUCGAUUAUAUGAUCAAUUUGACGGAAAUUCAACGCCUCUGUACUUUUGUCGAUGAUAUCAGCUAUCCACCUGGCUACGGUCGGUUGUAUCCAUUGUCGAUGGAUGAAGCACAUGAAAAACUUCGGCCCUAUUUAGAACCGAUUACACAAUGUGUCUCAUCGAUGAAGAUCCGCAAACGAUUCUAUCAAUUGCUCACUUCCGCUCGCGCAUUUGUUAUUCAUCAAGAAACAAUACAACAAUUCAAACAUCUCAAAUUUGAAUGGACCAGUGGUGAUAAACGCUGUGGCACAGCUAUUCAUGCCGAAUGGUAUGGAUCUCAGUAUGCUUCAUUGACGAUUAAAAUCGAUGUGGUACCCUGUUUAACCAUUUAUCGAUGGCCAUGUAUGGCCAAAGUUGCUUGCCCUCUUGCGAAACCCGAAUUUCAAAUCAUUGCACGCAGUCCGAAACCCGAUCAAACUGAUUUCUGGCGUAUCUCGACUUCACGUAGUGAACUUGUCGGUUUUCUUUCCUUAGUCGAUGAGAUCAAAGAUGCUUAUUUAAGUUUAAAAACUUUACGCCAUAUCAAUCCGUACGAAUGUCGAAUCGAUAAAGUUACUUAUGUAGCUGACGAACUAUUGACAUCUUACAUGAUAAAAACUGAAUUUCUACAUGAAAUUAGUCGAUAUCCUCAACGUCAACAAUGGAUCAAGGGUGGGCUUAUUCAUCGUGUGACGAGUAUUCUCAAACGAUUACAUCGCCAUCUUCAACAAGGAUCGAUUAUUUCGUUCUACAUUCAGAAUUACAAUGUGAUUGAUGGAGAUGAUUAUGCUCGAUUACGUUCGUUCGAAAUCAAAUAUGUCGGCAGCCUUCUCAAACAAGUUCAAGAGAAAGCAAGAAUGAUGGAUCGACGAGUGACUCGUAGUCGAACAUUUGCUGGGAGCGAGUCGAUCGAUCCGAAUCUACCGCUUCGAGUACGAGCAUCGACGACCUCAUCUUAG